GCAUCAUCUACCAACAUAUGCAACAGGGUAUUGUUGUCCCCGUUCUUCUGGCCGAGGUACGAUGCAUUUUCUGCUGCAAAGGCUUCCACUUUGGCGGGGUCCCGAAGGUCUAGCUUUCCUUCCUUGAGCCAGCUUAUGAUGUCCUUGAAUCGUUUCCCAGCGCUCACAUCAUCCUCAUCGUCGUCGUCCGAACUUGCUUCACUGGCAUCUCCUGGAUCCUGCUCCUGUAUAGGUGAAUCUGGUGGAUGUCGGUCCACCAUAACAAGCUCCUCUUCAAUCUCUGCACUCAUGAUUGUUUUUUAAGAUCGCAUCAAGUAUGGAUGAGUGGAGAGUUAAUUCACGUUCAUUGAAGGAGACACAAGACUGUCAAGACGCAACUUGGAUGAACGAAAGCCAAAAGCGGACCCCAGCCUUGAGGACAACCCUCGGCAACAGUUGCUUGUUAAACUCGAAGAUUCUGCACACAACCUUACCUCCGGACAAAUGUGAACUCUCCUCGUUUCAGCUGCAACCCCCUUUUCAAGCCUCGGCCGCUCCUAGCGCUGAUGUGAGAUGCUUGUGGACCGGGGUCUUCAUGCAGCUGAGAUUAUUGUUUGCCGAAUGCAGUACCGCCCGAGGCGCAAGAAAAUCUGGGCAUGAGGAUUUGUCACACGAGGCUGAAGCUUGAAGCACUGUGAUGCUCUCAAUCCAUGAAAGAGAGUCAAAGCAAGAACGAUCGAUUUUGAGAGCAAGUCGGGUCAGAUUCAAGAUAUCACUACGUUUCAAGAUGGCUCAAUCAUCGUGCCCUAGCAUGUGUCACCUCACAGAGGCCCUCCAAAUUUAUGGCCCCCAAUUCUUCGAUAUCGUACUUUUGCAAAUUAUUGGUCGGCUCCAGACUGGGAUCAAAAAGAACCGGGUCGUCUUUCGGCUUUCCUCCAAAGACACGCUCCAUGGCACUCUUGACGUCAACUGUGGCAUUGAUCUUGACAAUGCACUGGAAGGGAUUCUCAUCCUUCCUCUUUAGAAGAAUUGCAGUCCGCAUGCUUGUGGGAACUCCAGUCUUUGUGGUGGCGUUCUCCUGUAGAGUCCACGAAGCACAGUUUGGCUUUCCCCAGUUCCGGCCUUUCAAAUCGAUUGAUCCGGUGACUGUCGUCUGAUCAUUCGUGUCUCGACUGACAGUCUUCGUCCAACCAACUUUAGCUAUUGCGGUCGCGCCCAAAAAUCCACCCCCAACGUCCAGACCGGCUUCGCGUGACACCUCUUCAUGCUGAGAAGUGGGUACCAAAGAUAGAACUCCAUCUGGCGAUAUUGAGAACACUUCAGGGCCUGUCUCACCUGGCUUCAUGCUCCCAAAUUCGAGCGAGAUACUGACAGCUUGAAAUCGCCUGGCCUUCCUGCGGGAAUCGAAUCGGAAUUGCAAAAUUAUGAGUGUCGAGAAUGUCUCGCUUUCCGCUGAGAAGAACCCGUGUAUCACAUCAAGACAGGAGCAUCGAAUGUCCACAGCCCCAUGACGUUCAAUAUAAUUACUGCGCUGGAGAGGAGCUGCAGGGUCAUUUUGUGUUCGAAACGAGCUGCCUUCAUCGCCCCCAGGAAAAAGUCCGACUUCGAAGAAAGGUAGUUCGUCUGAUAAUUCUUCAUUGGCAGAGUCGUCGGCGGGGUUGUCGAAAGCACCCAUCGCAACACCAAUAGUCUCUUGCGCAGACGACAUCUUGUAAUGACAGAAAUUGCAGAAAUUGAGGUGUACUGCGAGUUCGCAGGUUUCGAUGAGUGAAAAUGUGCUCCGGGAUAAUAUCCAACCGCCGGAGCGCAGGGUACGAAGAGUUCAGAAGAGAAGAAGCAGAGAAAUCGCAAGUUCCGAGUCAACGAGUCAUUCAUAGUUGUCCUCUUUAAUUCAAGAGUCUAACUAUGAGUAUCGUCAGGCCGUCAACUUGCUGUAUGACUGGCGUGGUUUGUCACAAUUCUGGAUUGGCCCCCAACCGCCCCCAAUUGUCACCACCAUUCUCACCACUAAUUUCCACAUCAGAAAACGCCACCAGGCUGAGAUAAUCCCUUGUAACAUCGGGUACACUAUCCCUGCAAAAAUCUCAGCCUUGGAGGAAGUAGCAUGGGUAGCUCAUCGGAUCCAAUUUAUCGUCAGGGUGGAGUGUCAGCCUUGAAGUGGAGCUUCUGAAUCUCGAUAUUGAAUCUGAACUGCAUUUUCUCCCUUCUUCACAACGAUAACAACAACAAUGUCGGAUACCGCAUCUGAGUUUUCUGAGUCCGCGUCGUCGGCAGCCUCGGUGGCGAUAGCUGAAGCUAAGGAUGAGGAAAGCACAGCGCAGCCUGCAGAAGAGCCUACGGAAGAAGAGCAGAGCUCAGCGGCAAGCGAAGAAGACCUCACAGUGGGCAUGGGGUUACAAAUUCUGGCGGGAAGCAUAGUGGACUUCGAUCCAGAGGGCGAUGAUGCGCGACCUUUUGAUGUCGUCGCAGUUCACGGCUAUCAUGGUGAUAGACAUACUUCCUGGGGCGGACCGUACAGCAAUUGGCUCGAGGAUUCGCUACAUGUUCGGUACCCAAGCUCUCGAGUUUUGACUUUCGGAUACGAUGCGCAGGGGAUCAAAGGGACUUCUACAAGAGCGGGUAUAAGGGAGAAGGCUGUGCAAUUGCUGGAUGAGUUGGUCAAAUUGAGAGAGCCAGAGAAGCCUGAUCUGUUUCGACCCUUGGUAUUCAUAUCACAAGAUCUAGGUGGUAUAAUCGUAAAAGAGGCAUUUUGCAUUGCAGCUUUUGAGUAUCAGAAGUACCGAUCAAUAGUGCAAUGGGCUCGGCUAUUCAUUUUCUUCGGCUGUCCCCACAGAUGUACGAGUGUGCAAAAUAUGGAAGAUGUGAUUGGGAAUUUGCUCUACGCCAGCCAAUCACCCCGCCCCAUCGGAGCUUUAAGAACGAUCAGGGAACUUAGUCGAUCGGUCAUCGAGAUUAAUGGAUCUUUUGUUCUCUCGAAAGUGCCGACUGUUGGAACGAUAAUAAACAUCUAUUCAGAAGACGAAGAUAUGGCUUCGAAGGUGUUUGAAGACUACACUGUGAGUAUUGAUAUUGCGAUGGGUGGAAGCCGAUUUGCGAAAGCUGGAGCCCUGCAAGAGAUCUCUCAUACAGCGCCGGAGGACAUAUAUGAUACUAUCGAUCUUAUCCUGGCGGCCUAUCCAAAGCCUUCGGAAUAUAAUAGAGAUACGGAAAGAGCUCUCCGAAACCUUCAGCGUCAAGCAGCAGUUGCGUAUCCACUCGAAAACAAAUGGGGUCCUCAUCGUCGAUGUAGCUGGCUCAGCGAUGACGAGACUUACAAAUCAUGGUUCGACAGCCACGGCGCGAACCUUCUCCACGUCCAUGGGACCUCUGGAAUCCUCGAUGUUGGCGACUAUCUGUUCCAAGACCUCAAUACCAAAAGAGAGGACACAGCACCCUUAAUUCAUUUUACCUUCGACAAGUAUGAUGACCAGCGGAACUCACUUGCUGGCAUGUUGAACUCCAUCCACGCUCAAAUCUACAGCCACCUUCCAGUCUAUCACCCUGCCGCAAUUGUACCAGAGCAGCAAAUGAUGUACUACAGCAGCUGGACAACGCACGAGCUUUUCACUAUGUUCCGCAAUUUCUGCACGAACUUGUCCCAUUCCGGCUGCUACAUGGUCAUCAACGGCUUGGACCAAUGUGAUGAUACAAUCUUACUGUUCUUGGAGAAGUUGUGCUAUCAAGCUAGUAUCACGGAGUACAAAUUCAAAAUUGUGCUUGUCAGUUCCACCAAGAAUAGUAUCCAAACCGCUCUUACUGGAUGGCCAACAAUCAGCACCGAUGAACAUGAUCCAGUCACUGAUGCGGAAGUGCUGAAAUUGGAAAUUGAGCGUGAAGUACUGAGUCUAGUGCAACAAUACCCCGCACUAUACGAAUGCGAAACAACUGUCACAGAGAGGCUUCUCAAAUGCGGCGAGGAUCUAGAUUGGCGUCGGAUUGUUUUGAAUGAAAUCGAGGAUGACAAUGGUCUACAACAACUGCAAGGGGAGCUGGACAAUCUGGAGGUAGCCAGCCCCCCGAAGUCACUUCAACGAAUUCUGUCCAGUAUACCGACUUCACUUCAACCAUGGUCCAGCAAGGUCAUCUCUUUAAUCCUAUAUUCGUAUCAUCCCCUAAGCGUUUGGGAGUUAGCUCAAGCAGUCUCGCCCAAGCUAUAUUGCUUACCCAAUCCCGAGGUACCUUUUGAUCGCCACUAUGAACACUUCUCUACGUCGCUAGAAACCUGCUUUAAGGGAGCCAUCAUCGUGAAGCAUGGCUUGGUUUUCUUCGGGCAUCCUGAGGCCAGGCAGUUCUUUGCAUCUUCCGACACGCGACCAGACGCGGGGAGGGCAGCACACGCAGACAUUUUCGAUAUAUGUCAGGAUUUCAUAUCCUCGAAGGAGGGUCAAGAUUCUCUACAAGCUCUCGUUACUAGUGCAGCCCACGAUAUUGUAGAGCCGCCGAUCUUCGCCCACCGAUACGCCUUCUUAAACUAUGCUGUCAAGUAUUGGCCAAAGCAUUACCAAGCUAUAACGAAACCUUCACUGGAAGCAGAUGACCCACCCUUGAGCAAAAAAUACGCACAAUGGAUAUUUGACUCGGGCAUCAUGCGGAACUGGGCUGAAGCUUACUGGUCUCUUUCCAAUUCUAUCUACCGGAGCGACCGGGGAUUUCUGUCUUUUCUCCCAGUCUUUGCAGGCCUUGGCCUUCGCGACAUAACCUCGGCGAUCAUUCUCCGUGAUGCUGGAAACCAAGGAUUUGAGAAAGAUUGUGCUCUUGCGCUGACAGAGGCAGUGCGAUAUGGCCAUGGCACUAUUGUUCUCAUGCUUCUGAAGUUAGGGAGUUUCACCGAGACAGACAUGCUCAGUGCACUCUUUGCUGCUACUGCCUCCCUUGACGAUACCAUCCUCGACGACCUUGUUACCUAUAUUGGAAAGAAGUUCCCAAAGUUUGAAUGGCCAGCAACAACUGUUUUACGAAUUUGCCAAUUCGGGCAUGACAAAGUAUUGAAAAAGAUACUAGAUCUCGGGGCCUCGCCAAAUGACGGAAUCGCGCUCCAUGACAUGACUCCUCUAUUUGCUGCCGCACGUGAAGGUAAAGUGGAAGUUGUAAAGCUCUUGUUGGAAUCCAAGGCUGGUCUCGAGUCAAAAGCACAGCAUGGCCGGCAUCCCCUUCACGCAGCAUGCGUCUUCGGCCAUGCUGAAGUUGCAAAGUUGUUGAUAGCAGCUGGGGCGGACGUCAAUGGUCUGGAUUCCGAAAAUGAGACACCGAUCACGUUGGCUGUGCAGUGGGGAAACUACAAAGUUCUAGAGGUCAUGGUGAAAGAGGCUUGCAUUUUGGACGGCACUUGUGGGGAAUUGAAAAUCAGGACACCAUUGACGAUUGUUGCAGAUCUUGGAUUCAUCAAGUGUGCUCGAGUGCUGCUUGAGAAUAAAGCAUCAACUGAAGUCGUUUGUGCAAGCGACUGGCCGCCUCUUCGAUAUGCCAUUACAAGGGAGAAUAUGGAGAUGAUUAAACUCUUGCUAGACUCUGGAGCUGACCCCAGCACCACCCACGGUGGCGAACCCCUCAUCACAAGUCAAGCCAUAGAUGGAAAGUUGGAGGUCAUCAAGUUAUUGGUCGAGCACGGCGCCACCGUGGAUGCGAUCAACUCACAAGGAGCAACUGCCAUGCAUUGCGCAGCGGAGAAGGGUUUCACUGAAAUGAUAACGUAUCUACUUGACCACGGCGCUGCUCUCAAUUCACAGCUUACGGCAGGACACACAGGUGUUCUUCUCGCUGCUAGUUGUGGUCAUGCCGAUGCUGUGAAAUUGCUCCUGGAUAGAGGAGCAGAUAUCUCCAUUCCAACCACUGAUGGCUGGACCGCGAUUGGACUUUCGUACGACAAUGCGGAGGUGACUCGUCUGUUGAUGGAAGCGGGUGCGAAUGCUGACAGAACGACCAACUCCUACACACCGCUCUACCUGGCUGCCAUGUAUGGCUACACCGAAGUUGUGAAAGUACUCCUCACUUAUCCAAUCAACCUAGAAAUCGAGUACAUUAGUGAAGCACCCGAUGGGCCUAAUAACAAGUACACAGCAUUGACCAUCGCCGUAACCAAUACUCAGACUGAGAUUGUAAGAUUAUUGCUUGAGGCCGGAGCAGACGUCAAUCAUCUAUCCGAGACCAACAACUUUUGUACACAGUACGCAGUCCCUGCCGACUCAAGCAUGAUGCGGACUUUGAUGGAGUACCGGCCAAAGCUCAAUCUCCAGGACAAUGACGGCGAUACUGCGCUAUCUUAUAUCCAUGAGACGGCACAGCUUGAGACUUAUCAGAUCCUGGUGAAUGGAGGCGCUGAUCUCGAGAUCCCCAACAAGCAGAUGCACACCGCUCUCGGUAAAGCAGUAAUGCAAGGUACGAGGAAUGAUCUUGUGAAGUACUUCAUUUCAAAGAGAGCAGAUCUGAAUCCGGAUGCUGGGAAAUACGGCGGGCCGCUGCACAUCGCAUGUCGCUAUAAGAAUUUUGAGGCUAUCGAAAUGCUCGUUCAGGCUGGCGCAAACGUGAAUCUCGUGACAACUGGCACAUCGGGUACCCCGUUGCAGUCUGCAGCCCGGUGCUGGAACGUUGUCGCAAGUCAAGACAUGCAAGAGAAAAUGAUUCGGUAUCUCCUGGAUGAGGGCAAAGCAGAUGUCAAUGUAGUUGGAGGUAUGCAGGGCUGUGCGCUGAACGCCGUUUGUGGGUGGGCUAGCGCUGAUAUGGUGUCUUUGCUUCUCAAGAGUGGCGCCAAAACCGACGUGGUAGAUGAAAUGGGACGUGCUGUGAUUCAUUAUGCAGCGAUGCAGAGUCUUGCAAACUUGCAGCAGAUCAUUAGUGCUGGGGUAGAGGUCAACACGAAAGAUGCGAUGGGCAGAACCGCGAUGCACUGGGCCGUUGUCAGCGGGUCCCUUGAGGUAGUUGAACGAGUUUACAGUCUCUCGAGGCGACUCUUGGAUCAACCGGACAAUGAUGGUUGGACGCCACUAUUAUGGGCUGCUCGAGGAUGCGAGACCGUCUACAAAGAGACACCUUCCAACGCUCAGGAACAGAUCAUCUCGUUUUUGAUCGACCAGGGUGCAGACCCUCUCGUGAAAGGCAAAGGUCUUGAAAGAGAGUGGACUCCAAUACAAAUAGCCAGAUUUCAUGGAAUCGACGACGAAUUGGUUCAGUUCUUGGUCAAAAAGACAAAAGAAAAGCUUGGGAAAGAAGAACUCUAUAUAGAAGCGCAACAUGCAUGCCCGAAAGCCUCGGAACAAGUCGGCUCCUGCGAUAGUUGUCAUUGUCAAAUGCUCGGCAACCGGUACAAGUGUAAUGACUGUCUAGAUUUCGACUUCUGUUAUAAGUGCUACAAGUCUCGCCUUGUUAUGCACAACAAAGAUCACACCUUCCAAAUCCUUGGCCCAGAGUUCGAAGUCGUUGUUGAAGUUGAGAAGGAGAGCACCGAGGAAGAUGACGAUGAUACGGAUGAUGAUACAGAUGAUGACACGGAUGAUGAUGAAGAUGAGGAGAAGGCCAAGAAAAGUUGAAGGUCGCUGAGUUUUAUGGAUUUGAGCAACUGAAUAUCCUUUCGGGCUCAUUUCACAGCUCUCGGCAAAAUUCAUCACUUGGGGGAUUGGAUGUGUAGGCUUAAGUGCUAAGAGCAUCGAGUGGAGCCUACAUACACACUGGCGACAAUUAGCGACUGUUGAGUUCGCUCAAAGCCAAGGCGGAAUUGAACUUUUCGUGUGCGUUAGGUUGGGGAAGGGUACUGUUGAACGACAAGUAGCUUUGAGUAGGCAGGUCCUCUGAAUGGUUUCUGCUGCGCCACAAUAGCAUCAAGUCGAGCGUCUUUCUGGUACUACUACAUGCUCAGACAGUCGUGACUACGUCAUCUCAAGGCUAACCACAUCGAUUGUUUUCCAGCACUGAAAACGGUUGAAAGUUCCUAUUACACUUGUCGCCUUCGCCGCCAAAAACCUGUCUCAUAUUAUUACAAAAAGCAGAUCGAGUGCUUGAUUUAUAUCAUUCCCUCAGUUCAGCACUUUCGUCGCUUGAGACCCUGAUCAAAAUUUCAUUACUCUGAAAGUCUCCCGUUCUCAUUCCUCGAUCCAUCUCCAGUCUCUCGACUUCUCUUCCACUCUCAUUGACCCAGACUCCCAUCCAAGACCCCACCGCUUUCGCUCUAUAUUCGUCGCCUUUCACAAGGGCGACCUUAGGCUCUUUGAAUUCCACAACAGUGUCGACUUUCCCAUUUGCAGGAAUGUGGACAAUGCUUUGGUCAUUGAUGGAAAAGUAUCCCUCUGGGGGCACACGAUGAUUGAUUUUCAUGUCCAAACAUGGGGCUUUGACCCCACUAUUCGUAGAUGUGAAAGACACAACUCCGAUUGAUGGUAAAGAUACAUCUAAGGGAGAAGACCAUCGCAGGAGGAAGACUUCGUGUGGUGAAGUGUUCGCGAGUGUGAUGCGAAGCUGAGCCGAGCCGAGAAUGGACGCCUCUGACACUUCCGAUGACAAUGUGACCUCAAUUGGAAUUGAUGAGGUAGUCGUCAUCUUUCUGGAGAUGACAGAAAAGUCGUCAUAGACGAGAAAAAGAGCGACGAAAGUGAGAAAUGCAACCGCUGUCGUCAAGAUGGUGCGAUGGCUGGCCAUUGAUUCGGCGUUCAAAGGCAAUUGCAAAGAAGGUAGCUAUGGUAUGAAAGUCAGAGAUGCAGAGGGGUUGGAAGAUUGGAAAGCUUAACCGCGUUAAUGCGUUACAUAAUCCCAAGUAUAAAUCAUGUGAGUCCAAGAUACUAACUUCGGAGCUUCCUGUUUCAUCCUUCAAGCCUUGUCUAUCUGCGGUUCGCGCCGACAUGCAUUUGCCAGCUGCCAUAUUUGUGGGGUGCUUACAAACAAAAACAUGAUGCUAUCUACGGAGGUACACGAUUCAAAGUGCCAUACAUCUCGCUUGAUAAUACCGGAAUGCUUCCGACUACCAUUGUUGUGAAAUCAUGUACUGAGAAGGUGAUAGAAAAGGAUCAAGUAUCUGCCACGCCAGCAAGUUCUACCUUGAUGUUUAAGAGCUCGCUUGUGUCAGUCCGACCGGCAGUUCAUCAAACUGCCGCAGUCCAAGAAUCUCAAGACAAUCUAUUCGCGCAUGAGGAAGCUCGGAAACAAAUCACAGGGUACUUGGUCUACACCUGUCAGACUCCAGAGUUUCUAGACCAGGAGGAAUUCCCAUCUCAUCGCCGAUCAUAAUCAUAUUUGCCGGAUAACAAACCUUACUCUGGUUGCUCCCGCCCCUUCCUGCAACGUUAUCUCAACAUCGCAGGAGUUUUUGAUUGGCGGUAAAAUAUUCCGAUAGAUGAUGCGACAGACCGAGGCAUCGAUGCAUGUCAUAUAAGGGGCGGGGUUGGUGAUGCCAAGAUUCGCUAUAAAUUCUCGCUUCAUUUUGACCUUCCCCUUGCGACCAUCUCGCUUACAGGCAUAUCCUAACUUCAACAUGGUUCGCUACCUAACCAAAUCACCACCUUAAUUCUGUGAACGUCUAGCAGUCAAUCUAUUAGGAUGAGGAGGUCCAAGGAGAGCUUGUUUAUAAGGCAUUUGCGGAGUAAUGGGCAAUAAUCAACCUGGAUCAAAAGAUCAGCACAAGCAGCCCAUAGGUCACGUUCAUGUGUACCAAAGUUCCGCGACUCAAUGAGAACUUGCUCGUACAUCCUUCAACUACAAGAAAGCUGUUGGGAGAUAUGAAUACGUAGAAUGCUUGUCCAUAGUUGCCUUUCUCCAAAGUGCACUGAUGAUUUCGAUUGGACUGAUCGCUGUGGAAAGACUCAUUCAAGCAAUGAGUCCCGAAUCGUGCAUGCCAUAUGGUAUGCUUAAUGCAUCUUGGCAUUUCUUGGUAUGCAUGGGAUUUAAUAUGGAAGAAACAUGUCG